AUGACUUGCGAUAACAAGCACAUGGAAGAAGACGUUUGGGGAGGAUCUGAUGAUGAAUUGGAUACCAAACAGCGCGAUAAAGAGUGGAAUAAGAUGGAGGAUAGAUACAUGGAUGAAGGUUACAGAGAGGGAAUUAGCUUUGGAAAGGAAUCACAUCUGCAAUCAGGAUUCGAUGAGGGCUACACAGUGGGUGUGGUGUAUGGUAGAGAAUACGGUAGACUGCGUGCAUUUGCGAAUCAAACACUGUCGCUGUUGGCCGGCAAUGACAAUGGCGCAGAUAAUGGAUUAGUUGAGCGCGCUAGAAAUUUAGUAGGCAGCGUCGGUAGAGUGGGUGCUCAGCAAAUACUGCCCAAAGAUAUAGAGGCUAUAGAACACGCCCGUGAGCAUGAGCAGGCAGAGCAGGCAGCGACACACAAGAGCAAGAUAUCAUUUAAUGAGGAAUUGGGCGGUGAGCGUGGCAGACAGAGGGAUAUCGAUCAUAUCACCGCUGAAUUGGAUAGAUUGGGUGAGGCUGUCGAUGGCCGUGUGUUGCUUGAUGGGUUGUGGAUGGAGCUGAGAUUGCUGGUUACGGAAUCAGCCACUCUGCGCCCGCUGUUGGAUUCUUUGUAG